GGUGGCACUCCACGCAGCCUCCCGAAGCACAGCACACCCAGCUGUGGGCAAGGACCCAGACACCCUGGUGCUGAGUUGAGAGGCUGAAGUCCAGAAGAGCUAAAGAAGGACAAAUAAAGCCAUGAUAUUUCCAUGGAAAUGUCAGAGUUCUCAGAGGGGCUCAUGGAAUAUCUUCAAGUUGUGGGUCUGGACAGUGCUAUGUUGUGAUUUCCUUGCACGUCAUGGAACCAAUGGCUGGACUUACCACUAUUCUGAAAAAUCCAUGAACUGGGCGAGGGCUAGAAGGUACUGCCAAGAAGAUUACACAGAUUUAGUUGCCAUACAAAACAAGGGGGAAAUUGAGUACCUGGAGAGGACCCUUCCCCUCAGCCAAACUUACUACUGGAUAGGAAUCCGGAAAGUAGGGGGAAUAUGGACUUGGGUGGGAACCAACAAGUCUCUUACAAAAGAAGCGGAGAACUGGGGAGAUGGAGAGCCUAAUAACAAGAAGUCCAAAGAGGACUGUGUGGAGAUCUACAUCAAGAGGAUCAAAGACGCAGGAAAGUGGAAUGAUGACUCCUGCUACAAACAAAAGAAAGCCCUCUGUUACACAGCUUCUUGUCAGCCCUGGUCAUGUGGCAACCAUGGAGAAUGUGUGGAAACCAUCAAUAAUUACACCUGCAACUGUGAUGUGGGCUACUAUGGACCCCAGUGUCAAUUUGGGACUCUACAUGACCCCGCUUUGAUCAAACUUACCAACUUCUGUGGACUCACAGAUUCAUGUGAGCUUUGGACUGACAAAUCUUUGUCCAGCCCUGAAUAA